UGUUUAAGUUGUCAGUGAGGCCGCCAGUCAACCGACGAGAGUCGUAUGAGCAGGUUGUGAUUAGAGUUACGAGAGGCACGAGUGUUCCGCGACGAAAAAUCAAAAAGUGUCCUUUCCGUGUAACAGUUAGAUAAGUUGAUAGCAAAAAUCAUCAAAUAAUGCCAAAUACUAAAACAGCAGAAGCUAAAGAAAGGAAAAGAAUAAAUAAAAAGAAAAGGUAUGAAUAUAUUAAACUUAAUGAUCCUGAAAAGUAUGCUAGUCUAUUAGAAAAAGAAAGACAACGAUACAGAAAAGAAGGCAGCAAAAGAAACUCAAAAGUAUAGUAGAUAUGACUGAAAGAGAAAAAGAAUCACUAGAAGAAAAUGGAAGAUUAAUAAAAGUAAUGCCAGAAAUACUAAAAAAAACUCUGCACUGCAUGAAGUAAAUUUGAACGAAACAGCUAAUAUCAUAAAUACAGAUACCGAUAACCAACUUAAACUAGAUCCCCUAGCACAAUCGAACGAGCAUCUUGAUCUACCUAAUCGCGAGUGUAGACUGAAAAGGUUGGUAGCGCAUUUGCAGACAAAAUUAAAACUAUUCAAAGAAGUUAUUCAAAAACUAAAGAAAAAAAAUAAUGCGUACAGGGUGAUGGUACAUAGGAUAAAAAAACACAAGAAAUCAAGUAAAACUUCGAAGGAACAUAAUAAAUUGCUCAUUAAAGAUAUUAUUAAAAAAAUACAAACUUUUUACGAGGAAGAUACAAACAGUAAACAAGGAGCAGGAAAAAAAGAGUUUAUAACUCGCCAUAAGAUAAAGAAGCAAAAAAGAUAUUUAGUUAUGAGUCUGAAGAACCUAUAUAACAAAUUUAUUACAACUAACGCCAUAAAAGUAAGUUAUUCUACAUUUUGCAAAUACAGACCGUUUUGGGUUGUUUUUCCGAAAAGUAGCGACCGAGACACAUGUGCAUGUCAGGUUCAUGUUAAUAUGAAUCUAUUAAUUGUUGCUCUGCACAAAGCAAAAAUUAUAAAUGAAACUAGUCACUACGAUCUAAUAAAUUCAAUUUGUUGUUUACCGAAGACUGAAAAUUGUUUAUUGAGAAAUUGUAAUGAUUGCAAGUACAAAUGUGUAUUAUAUAAAGAGUUUAAUAAUGAAAAUUUGAUAAAAUUUAGUUAUUGGUGUACAACAAUAGAAUCAAGAGAAAAUUGUAAAGUAAAAAGAAUAACAACGAAAAAAAAUGAAAUUGCGAAGCCAUUAGAGUUAAUAAAAAAAUUAGAUCAGAACUUAAACGGAUUCUUAAAGCAUACUUUUACUAUAGAAAAACAAUAUAUAGAACUAAAAUCCCUAAAAGAAUCAUUGGAUAUUAAUGAAGCUGUAAUACACAUGGACUGGUCAGAAAACUAUGAUCUUAAAUAUCACGAGGAAGUCCAAUCCAUGCACUUCGGAGGUAGCAGGCGCCAGGUGUCCUUGCAUACUUCUGUAUUAUAUUUACAUGAGUAA